UCCAGAACUUAAAGUCUUCAGGAUCGAUCUAUAUAUCAACUAUGACUCCCUUCCUUCUGCUGUUCGUUGCCUUGGCAACAGCGUCACCAUUGAAGAGACAAACCAGUGGCCUGGAUGCAAACGGAGACGGUCUGAUCUCCAAGGAUGAAGUGUUUGGCGCCAUGUCUCUGCACGAGGCUCUUGUGGCCCUGGACAGGGAUGGCGACGGCUUCAUCUACCUGCCUCAGAUUAUCGAGUUGUGGGGCGUCGGGGACAAGUUUUACGAACUGAACACCGACGGAGACGACCACCUCACCUUCAGGGAGAUCGAGAACGGGAUGUCUCUCAGCGACUUCUACGACCAGUUUGACUUCAAUGCUGACGGGUCCCUGGACGCCGCGGAGGCCUACCAGCUCAUCUACAUCUACGACGUCAUCAGCAACCCGUCUUUCAACAACCCUCUGGACUCUAACGGAGACGGGAGACUCUCCAGCCUUGAAGUCCAGAGCCACAUGACUUACGACGAGGUUCUGACCGCCUUGGACACUGACGGAGAUCAGCUGCUGUCCGCGACUGAGCUUAACAUUCUUCUCGGGUCCGAAACGACCGACUUCCUCGACGAUCAGGACGAAAACGGCGACGGGUUUGUCAGCUUUGGCGAAGCCCACGGACACCGCAUGAACCUGGACAGGCUCUUCGAUAGACUGGACCAAAACGACAGCAACUACCUAGAAGACCCGGAAGGGGCCGGAUUCUACAUCGUUUGGGACAGGAUCCUGCAAGCCGGAACUGGACCCAUCACUGGAUAAGUGGUGAACCGACUGCAGAUUCCCAAGUAGCGGCAACAAUGCAAACUGGAAAACUGACAUCAGAAUCAUCAUCUUCCUCGGAGUAAAUGCUUGGCACUGAGGCGGGUCGUCAGUGUCAGAAUACCAGAAAUCAGAUUAGAAUUACAGUGAAUACAACGAAAUAAAAUUCUUCAACGGUUUCAA